AUGGCUGCCCGUAGAAGGUCGGAUCGUCUAUCAGUUGACCAAUCGUCGCUUCUUACCUUCAGCGACCUUACUAGCGAGGCCAGUAAGGAGAUCGGGAACCGGGCCAGCACCAAUCCGGACUGUGCUCUCUUUCUUGUGCCCGUUAGCGGACCCUCUUACACGUCGACCCGUACCUGGAAGAGCCAAGCCGUCAAGGAUAGCGAGGAGUAUGAACGCAUGCGACAACGUGUCCGCCAUUUUGCACCAGAGCAGUUUAAGCCCAAUGCUAAGCUUGGUCGGGGUCCGUCCGAAAUCUUUCCUCAGAACGUGGCCGAAUGGAUAACCCACAAGAAGGAGAUGCUCACGAUUGCCGAGACCGAGACCAAGAAGAACUGCGACGUGCUGAAGGCUCAGAUCGAAGCACAAAAGAAAGUCCCCAAGCAGCAGCGCAAGAUCAAAUCGGUGUUCGGUGAGGGAGGGAAGGUGUUCAACGACGGGCUGAGUCCUGUGCUUUGUCUCCCGACGAUCUGGUCAGCCGAAUGCUCCCAAAAGCCAACGAACUGGCCCAGCAAGGCGGAACUGCAGUGGAACGGAGACAGUCGACGGUGCUCCCUGGCAAGGACCAAAUGUGGUCGAUACCUACCACCACCGCGUAACUCUACCAAUCUGUCUGCGCCCUUCCAAGAGCAGCCCUUUCAGAAGCCGCAUGCUCUUGACGAGACCGGCCCUGUCUUUCAAUGUGGUCCCUCUCCAGCAGAGUCAUACCACGGGAACCUCAAUAUGAACAACGACCCAGGAUUCGAGGCUGCCGGCGCGUUCUAUCUCGGCACGGAAUUGAUAAAGGAAAUCGGCGAGUGGAAGCCUUCUUUCGUCCCGGAACGGCGCGAGGAACAGCUGGCGAGUACCGCGGAUGCCAUGGUGAUCUAUGAUGAGGACGGCAUGUUCGGGACUCCAGACGUCGGCGAAGCCAGCUGGAACGAAGACAGCAUGCUUUCUAACACGUGGGAACAGCAGCAGGUCUGGUACUAG